CGGGAACUCGAAGCGUAGAGUGUAUUGGGGGGGACAAUGGCGACCGGGCCUGGUGUUACUCUGCAGAGCGCCAGCCCUGCCAGAGAAUUUCCAGUUACAAGUCAGCAAGGAAGUAGUCAGACUGUCGAAAACCGACUGAAACCUGAUGAGGUUACAGAAGCAGAGAAACAAAGUCGCAUGGCUGCACUGCUGGAUAGGCUACAUGUCAAACACAGUGCUUCCCGACCAUGGCAGGAGACCUGCAGGGUUGUGCGACAGGCUAUGGAAAAACGUGGUGUGAUGAAUGCUGCAGGUCACCAGCUCGUGCUCAACUGUUUGGAGACUUUGCAGAGAGCGCUGAAAGUGUCAUCUCUUCCGUCCAUGACUGAUCGUUUAGAAUCCAUUGCUCGACAAAACAUGUUGGGCUCUCAUCUCAGCCCAUCAGAGACAGAAUGUUACAUCACAUCAGAUAUGUUUUAUGUGGAGGUACAGCUGGACACCAGUGGCCAGUUGAUGGAUGUUAAAGUGGCUCAUCAGGGAGAAAACCCCACAAGUUGUCCUGAGUUGAUUCAGCAUCUUAGGGAAAAGAAAUUUGAAGAAUUCUCCAAACAUCUCAAGGGACUGGUUGAUUUAUACAAGCUCCCAGGAGACAAUAAACUGAAAACAAAGAUGUAUAUAGCACUACAGUCUUUGGAGAUGGAUCUCACCAAGAUGAUGCACAUGUUUAGGUUAGCAACCAACGCUAACACAGUUGAAACUAUUCUUCAUGGGAGCGUGGGCCUUUUGACAGCCAGAAGUGGUGGCCAUUUAGUUUCUCUACAGUGCUACGUGUCCCCGUAUGACAUAUUUGAGGAAGGAACAGUCACACAUCUCAACUUAAACGACAGCAAUGUACCACGUUCUCUGGGUGUCAGUGUGUCUGUGACAAUCGAGGGAACAUCUGCAGUGUACAAGCUGCCAAUUGCUCCACUCAUCACUGGUUCCCACCCAGUAGACAACAAGGGAACACCUUCCUUUUCCACUGUGACCAACUCCAACUGUGUGGACCUCCCAGCUUGUUUUUUCCUCAAAAUGAAUCGCCCUAUGCCUUUUUCUCUCUCCUUUAUUCAGAGGUUGGGCACUUCUACAUCGAUCCCAGUGUUUGAGACUCCACCCAGCCUCUCACCUCUCUACCAAUUGAUCGUCCAGAGCCAGCUGCAGUCCCUGGAGGAGGGCGGCUCUCUGCCCAAACCCUUACACAACAUGCACUUCUACUCUAUUUUGCCAGAUCAGCAGCAUUGUUACUUCCUGAAUGGAGAUGCCCCAGUGCAAGAUGGUCAUUCCCUUCAAGGGGCAAUGGUGUCGAAAAUCCCCUUCCGCCACCCGGCUCAAGUGCCGCUUUUGUUGGAUAUCAUUCGCCACCAGGCAGCCUACAACACCUUGAUAGGCAGCUGUGUCAAACGUACUUCUGUCAAAGAAGACAGUGCAGGCCUUUUGCAGUUUGAAGUAUGUCCUCUGACAGACUCAAGUUUCAGUGUCUCUUUCCAACAUCCUGUCAAUGAAUCCUUAGUCUGUGUGGUGAUGGAAGUAAUUGACUCUAGACAGGUGUCCUGCAAACUAUACAAAGGACUGUCAGAUGCUCUGAUCUGCACUGAUGAAUUCAUAACCAAAGUGGUCCAGAGAUGCAUGUCCAUUCCUGUGACCAUGCGGGCCAUUCGGAGAAAAGCAGAGACCAUUCAGGCAGACACUCCGGCUCUCUCAUUGAUUGCACAGACAGUAGAGACCAUGGUGAAGAAUAACUUGCCACCCUCUUGCAGUCCCACCUACAACAUGGCCGGGGGAGAUGGAAAUAAUCCAAUGGGAUUGCCUGGACUUGCAGGAAGCAGCACACCUACUGGAGGAGGCCCUCCUGGAGGACCCAACUUUUCAGGGCCAAUCACAUCACUAUUUGAAAUGUCUCGUACCGGGAGACAACCCCAAGGAGAAUGCCUGCCAGCAGGGGGAGUGGCAGGCCAGCAGCAGUUGCAGCAACAACAGCAAGCCCAAGGCCAUUCAGAUGACUACAGCAAAGUCACCCAGAAUCCAAUAUUGACAAGUCUGUUACAGAUUACUGGAAAUGUCGGUUCCAGUCCCAGUUCCCAGAAUGCACCACCACCGCCCCAGACUCCACCGCCACAAUCAUCUCCUGCUAGCAAUACAAAGAAUCAUCCUAUGCUGAUGAAUUUGUUGAAAGACAACCCUACACAGGAUUUUGCUGCACUGUAUGGUUCAAGUCCAUUAGAAAGACAGAAUUCAUCUGGUUCCCCCCGGACGGAUAGCAUGGGUGGAGCCUGCCCUGCAGGUAACCCAAAAGGAAAGAAGAAGCGCCCCCGAGUGACUGAAAAGGGUGGAAUGUUGCCUGGAGCAAAUACAGGUGCUGGAGGUGGUGGCAUGGGGGUCAAAUCCCAACAGACAUCUUCAAUGCCACAGCACCACCAGCAUCAUUCAGUUACACACGAAGAUGAUUUCCACCGGGAGCUCCUCUCUAUGGAUGUGGAUGCAUCUCAGAAUUCGAUCUUUGACGUUAACCUAACAGGUGAUGGCCUCGACACACCCCACAGCAUCACUCCUGCUCCUAGCCAGUGUGGAACACCCCCUCCCGGUUCCAGCAUACCUUAUUCACAGACUCAUGUUCAGUCUCAGCAACAGCAGCCGCAAGGUGCCGUACCACCCCGCAUGGUCCGUCUUUCCAGCUCUGACAGCAUUGGACCCGAUAUUACGGAAAUCUUGCAAGAUUUACCUGAGCAAACGGGCAAAGGCAGCAGCGGGAGUCAUGGGCAUCACCCAAUGGGUAGUGGCGGCGAGGAUGGUGGCCCCCUUGGUACCCCCAUACGUGACUCUUCCAGCUCGGGCCAGGGUAGUGCAGUGUUUGACUCUGCCGACAUCUUCAAUACCAACAGCAACGAAAUACCCUUUACCGACGCAGCUGACCUGAUUGCUGAGGCAACUGCAACUGCUGCCACUCCCAACAGUGACUCGUCCUCCACCAACUUCUUUCCUGAUGCAUCUGACUUCAACCCGGACCUCCUGGCCUCAGGCCAUGGCUUUUCCCAAAACUACUUUGAUGACAGCUCUCCAAGUGCUGAUGGGGACAUGGACCUGGUCAAGGGAUUUGGGGGAAGCAGCCAGCAGAACACUCCAUCGGGAACUCCUCAGAAUCCGGCUCCACAUGGACAGAGCACCCCAGAGCCGUCACUGAAGGAUCCUUUUGAUAUGGGGAUGGUUUUUGGAGGGGGUGGGAAACCGCUUGGGCAAACUCCUGAUUUGGGAGACACACAUGGUGGAGGCUCCCAGAGCCCUGUCAUAAUGGGGCUUGGCACGGAUUUUAAAAGCACUGAACCCAAAGUUAAACAACAGCAGGGUCUCAUGAGGCCGAAGGACGAGAAUGGGGGGAGCGGAGGAAGCAGCUCUGGAAUGGGACUGGGGAUCAGCUCAUCAGAGGGAAAACAGGUUAAACGAAGCAGAACCCCAUCCAGUGAGGGAAAGUCUAAAGAAAAACCUCCCAAACGCAAAAAGCUUGAUCCCGAUGGCAAGUCCCCCUCUCACAGCUCAGGAGGGCGGCCUUAUACACCCCCCAGUGGUGGUUCGGGCUCUGGAGGAAGCAUAAGUGGUGGGGGUUCCAAAUCCCCUGGUAGCUCUGGACGCUCACAAACUCCUCCAGGAGGUGCUACACCUCCAAUACCCAAAAUCACAAUUCAAAUCCCAAAAGGGACCAUAACUGGAGGGAAAACGUCCUCCCAUGGUGGGUACACCUCCAGCAGCUCAGCCACCAGCAGCACAGGGGGCUCAAGUGGAACGGGCAGUAGCAAAAGUCACCACUCACACUCCUCCUCCUCUGGGAAAAUCAAGUCCAAAGAGGGCUCCAUGACACAAGGCAACAACUCAAAGUCAGGUGGUGCAGGAAGUGGAGGUGUACCCUCCCAGUCAAAAGGCACUUCUCAAGGAAUGGGUGUUGGCAAGCCAGGGUCCUCCCCAAUAACUAAGCAUGGUCUGUCUGGGCCCGUAGGUACUGGAGGGGGAAUGGGAAGUGGAAAUAAAAUCAAGCCUCAGGGGGGCAAACCUCCAGGGUCACUUAUGAAUCCCAGCAUAAAACCUAACAUUUCUCCUUCUCAUUCUCGUUCUAGUACUUCUGGGGACAAAAUGUCCUCCCCUAUGAAAAUGCAGCAAUCUCAGGUUCCUGGCACUCCUCCCUCGUCCAAAGCUAAAUCUCCAAUGGGCUCAGGAGGUGGUAAUAGUGGAUCUAAGUCAUCCUCAGGUGGAGGUAUAAGCUCCCAGAAGCCAGUCGGUGGAGGCUCUUCCUCUGGUUCCACGUCUUCCUCUUCAUCCUCUAGCUCCUCAUCAUCCUCUGGGUCCAUGGGCUUCUCAGGAGGUUCCCAGAAUCAGUAUGGAAGUGGAGGAGGAGGUGGAGGAGGGGGAGGGAGUGGAGGCAAUAGCGGAGGUGGUGGGGGAAGUGGUGGAGGAAGUGGUGGUGGGGCUGGUCAGAACAAUGCAAAUAAUCCCAAUGCCAAGGGGAAGUCUCCCAGUAGGAACAAAAAACCUUCUCUAACAGCAGUCAUUGACAAGCUGAAGAGUGUAGGUGGAGGAGGAGUUGGGGAGGAUGGGUGUGAGAUAGGUCCACCAGUAGGGGGAGCUGGUCCAGUAUCUGCCCCAGGUGGUCCUGGAAAUGUGCCGAGUGGACCUUCAAACGUAGGUCCUUCCAAGCAUGCUUCAUCCUCCCAAAGCGGGGACUAUAAGCGAGAAAAGUCUGAUAAAGAGCCAAAGGCGAAAGUGUCGGUUUCUGGAGGAAACAGCGGGGACAAAAAGAUGAUGGACUCAAAAGCAGGUGGGGCAGGUGGGAACACUCUGGCCAAAAUUAUCAUCAGCAAACAAGAUGGCGGCUCACCGAGCAUCAAAGCGAAGGUGACCCUUCAGAAAGCCGGGGAAGGAUCUAACGAUUCCAUGCGUCCGCAGAUUUCUAGCCUGAAAGCGUCCCCCCUCUUUAGCGGCUCUACCCCCAAGCACGACCGCUCCUCGCCCAGCCACAGCCGCUCGCCGGGAUACACGCCGCUCAAUCACGACAGCGAAAGCGAGUCGGGCAGCAGCUCAGUGGCCGAGAAGUCGCACCAGAACAGCCCCAGCUCAGACGACGACCAGUCGGUGCGCCCCCUGCCCCCCCAGGACUACAUGAGCGCCAUCCCACUCAGCUCAGGGGAGAAGCACAAGAAGCACAAGAAAGAGAAGAAGAAACAGAAGGAGCGAGAACGGGAGAGAGACAGAGAGAGGGAUAGAGAAAAGGAGAAAAAGAAGUCCUCCAUGUCCAUGGGGUCAUCCUCCCAUCCCAUGAAAUCGGACAGCUGGUCGCGUUCUCCCAUCACCGCUUCUGAUUCGUCACUGUCCAUGCUCGGUACCGAGCGUCCAUCCCGGUCCAGCCCCAUGUACAUGAGAAACGAGGAUGACGACCUCAUGGACUCUGCCCUCACUGGCAACAUUUAA